AUGCCGAAUUACGGUACAUGGCCUAGUUCUAAAACAUUUAAUUUUGUUCUUAAUUUGUUGGUUAAUAAUAAGCUGUAUGAUACUGUUUUGGAUGUUUAUUUGUCUGCUACUAAAUUAGGGUUUGAGAUUGAUGCUUGUUGUCUUAAUAUUAUGAUUAAAGGAUUGUGUAAACGAGGUGAGUUAGAAGGUGCAUUUAAGGUGUUUGAUGAAUUUCCUAAGUUAGGUAUUCAAAGAAAUGAGAGAACUUUUUGUACUUUGAUGCAUGGGUUAUGUGAGAAGGGGAUGGUUGAUGAAGCUUUUGAGUUGUUGGAGAGAAUGCAAAAGGAGAAGAUUUGUGUUGAUGUUAUGGUUUUUAAUGUUUUGAUUAAUGGGUUGAGGAAAAAAGGGAAAAUUGAUGAAGCUAUUGAAAUUUUGGAAGUUGUGAUGAUGAGGAAUGGGUGUUAUCCUAAUGAAAGUUCUUAUCAACAUGUUUUGUAUGGGUUGAUUGAUUUCAAGAGAUUUGAGGAAGGUAAAAGGGUUGUUGAGAAGAUGAUUUUGAAGGGGUUUGUUCCAAGUUAUGAUUCUUUUAAAGGUUUGGUUUUGGGGUUUUGUAGAGAGGGGUUGGUUGAGGAAGUUGAUUGGGGUGUUAAGGGCAUGGUUAGGAUGGGUUUUGUUCCUAGGAUGGGGAUGUGGAGACAGAUUGUUAAGUGUGUUGUUGUGUCUAAAGAUCAUGUUUGUGUUUCUUUGGAUGGGAUUUUGUAUGAUGAUUUAUGA